AUGGAAAAGCUUCAGCAGGGAGAGAUGAAGAGAGCUGCCUGCGGCAAGGUUCCCAAACUCACCCGUGUAGCAACAGGCACGCUGCGUUGUCCUGAGACUGCAACAGGACUGCUCUGGGAACCGGCUAUAAGGAACUUCUGUAUCAUUGGCUGUAGUCAUGCUCAUAUGCAGAUGACAAUCCAGGCUCUCCAAGAUGAGCUUCGGAUCCAGCGGGACCUGAACCAGCUGUUCCAGCAGGACAGCAGCACUAGAACCAGUGAGCCCUUUGUGGCAGAGCUGACAGAGGAAAACUUCCAACGACUUCACGCAGAGCACGAGCGCCAGGCCAAGGAACUCUUCCUCCUGCGUAAAACCUUAGAAGAGAUGGAACUGCGUAUUGAGACGCAGAAACAGACCUUAAAUGCACGUGAUGAGUCCAUCAAAAAGCUGCUGGAGAUGCUGCAGAGUAAAGGUCUGUCAGCAAAAGCCACUGAGGAAGAUCACGAGCGAACAAGACGGUUGGCUGAGGCAGAGAUGCACGUGCAUCACUUGGAGAGCCUUCUUGAACAGAAGGAAAAAGAAAACAACAUGCUGAGAGAGGAGAUCCAUCGUCGAUUUGAAAAUGCUCCUGACACAGCCAAGACAAAGGCUCUGCAAACUGUUAUUGAGAUGAAGGAUUCAAAAAUUUCUUCCAUGGAGCGUGGCCUCCGGGAUUUGGAAGAGGAGAUUCAGAUGUUGAAGUCAAAUGGAGCUCUGAGCACAGAGGAACGUGAAGAGGAAAUGAAACAAAUGGAGGUGUACCGUAGUCAUUCCAAAUUCAUGAAAAAUAAGGUAGAGCAACUGAAGGAAGAGCUAAGUGCCAAAGAGGCUCAAGGGGAGGACCUGAAAAAAAGAGUGGCUGGUCUCCAGGCUGAGGUCUCUGCAAUUGGUCAGGUCAAACAGGAGCUGUCGCGCAAAGACACUGAGCUGCUGGCCUUGCAGACAAAGCUGGAGACCCUCACAAAUCAGUUCUCUGACAGCAAGCAACAUAUUGAAGUUCUGAAAGAGUCUCUUACAGCUAAAGAGCAAAGAGCUGCUAUCCUGCAGACAGAGGUGGAUGCGUUGCGAUUGCGCCUGGAGGAGAAGGAGACUAUGCUAAAUAAGAAGACAAAGCAGAUUCAGGAGAUGGCAGAGGAGAAGGGGACUCAGGCAGGAGAGAUCCAUGACCUCAAGGACAUGUUAGAGGUGAAGGAACGCAAAGUUAACGUUCUUCAGAAGAAGAUUGAAAACCUUCAAGAACAGUUAAGAGACAAGGAGAAGCAAAUGAGCAGCUUAAAGGAUCGAGUGAAAUCCUUGCAGGCUGACACCACAAAUACUGACACUGCCUUGACCACGCUGGAAGAAGCACUGGCAGAAAAAGAAAGGACCAUUGAGCGUCUAAAGGAGCAGCGUGACAGAGAUGAGCGAGAAAAACAGGAAGAGAUCGACAACUACAAAAAAGACCUUAAGGACCUGAAAGAGAAAGUCAGCAUUUUGCAAGGAGAUCUCACAGAGAAAGAGUCAUCCUUACUGGAUCUGAAGGAACAUGCUUCCUCCUUAGCUUCAUCAGGACUGAAGAAAGAUUCAAGACUCAAGACGCUGGAAAUCGCAUUGGAACAGAAAAAGGAAGAAUGUUUGAAGAUGGAGACUCAAUUGAAGAAGGGAAAAUUCAAAUUCAGUAGAAAGAUUGUUUUGGCGAUAAAAACCCAGUCCACAAUGGCUUUUUAUAAAGGAAUCGAAGCUCUAGGCCCCAGCUGCGCAAGGGAGAGAAAACGCAACGAAAGGCUCACGGGUCAAGACAAGGACAGGCAGAGAUCA